CGCUCGCAACGGCUUCAACGAGACGCCGCAUCAUCAUCACAUCGCGCAAUCGCAGCAUCCCAGCAUCCUAGCAUACCAUCCCAGCCUAAGCCGACCUUCAAGGCGGAAUCAUCGUCAUUCCAUCUCUCACUCCAAUGACGUCAAGAACGAGAGGGGUCUGAGCGAGCGAAUGCUACUACUACGACAUUGCCCUCCACCAUGAUCCUACCCGCCCCUCCGAUCCCGCCCUCGACAACAACGACGUCACUCCCGCCCUCAUCCUCAGCCGCAUCGACCUUCUACGCCUCCCUCGACAGCAUCCUCGAUUCUCCCCUCGCCGUCCCUUUAGUAUGCAGCCAAGACGACGAAGAGACACAACAGCAUGCGGCCCUUUUUGACAAGCUGCAGAGCUACUAUGCCCUCCUCGAGUCGCACUACGACCAGUACCUGGACCAAGAGACCAAUGUGGAGUAUUGCGUUUCGAGACUGCUCAGCUGUGGCUGGUUCAAGGAACAUCGAACAGGGGUGGAGACGUGCAUGCUCGAUCUAAGUAGCAGGGCACGAUCCCUCCCCGCUCUAUUAAUCGCGUACGACGUCAUCCUGGCAUAUGGGGAUGAGCAUCCAGAGAUCUACCUCUCACUGCACAAUGGCGUCGAUGGGUCAGCAAAAGACAAGAUUGCCAGGCUGGUGCAUCAGAUCUGGGCAGGGCACUACGCUGCUGUGGCAGAGGCUACACUGGGUGGACUGGGACGAAAGGAGAUGAAUGACGACGUUGCAACUGCGCCAGGGUGGGGGGGAGCAUCCUUUGCCUCCGACGAGGGCGAGACAACGCACGGUAACCCGAUUGCCGCUCGCCUCGCGCCGAGACAAGCAUUGCCAGAGACAUCGAAUGCGGCGCGUUUGAGGAUACACCAGAUCAGGCUGAGGGAGCGGGCCAUCCAGCUCUUGUACGAAGUGUGUAGGAUGCAGCGCCUCGAGCCUGUGGAUAUGCGGGCCGUGGAUGAGCAUUUCGUUAGUCAUCUCUUUGACCUCGUUGAGGAGACGAGGCAUCAUGAGGAUGAAGCAUUCAACUAUCAGCUCAUCAAGGUAAUCGCAGCACUCAAUGAACAAUUCAUGGUCUCCUCCCUCUCCUCGCAGAUAUCCGCAAAGAAUGUCGUAAUGGGCAUCCUACGCUCCCGCCUCCACGUCACCAAAACAUUCGGAGAAAAUCUCAUCUUCAUGCUCAAUCGCGCCAGCAGCCACAGCGCCGAAGAUGCCUGUAUGCAGCUGCUGGUCCUCAAAUUGCUCUACCUCCUCUUCACAACGACAGAAACGGCCCAUUACUUCUACACCAACGACCUGAAAGUCCUAGUGGACGUCUUCAUCCGCGAGCUGACUGACCUGCCAGAAGAGAGCGAGUCGCUCCGCCACACCUACCUGCGGGUGUUGCACCCCCUCCUCACGAGCACGCAGUUGAGCGCGCAUCCCUACAAGCGUCCGCAGAUUAGGCGGCUGUUGAGGACACUGGUCAAGGACUCUCUGUAUAGAGGGGACGUCUCUGCGACUACAAGACGGUUGGUGCAGAGAUGUCUGGAGGCAGAGUGGUGCGUGGAGCUGGAUAGGCUAGACCCAGACUAUGUGGCGCCGACGCCAGCGCCUAAUGGGAAUGGCGGGGCGACAAAAGGGGCUCGCCCAUCUACCGGUGGAGAGUCGACAACACAGUCUUCUCUCCUCCCAACGGCAGCAUCCACCCUCCCACCGCCCUCGGCCGCCCGCAUGCGAGGCGUCUCCGUUUCCUCCCCCACUAGCUCCUCCUCACCGAUAGCACCACCUCCAACCGCACCCGCGCAUGUCCCCUCCUUCCUGGAGGCCCCACGCUUUCGAUCCGUCUCCGCCGCCCUCCAUUCGGCCCCUACCACUCCUCCACCCUCAGAGCCCUAUUUGGACGCGGAGGGGAUGGCCCCUCCCGCUCCUGCGAUCGAGGUGGAAGACGAGACGGCCAUGGCUCUCGCGGAUGGACGGACGACGCGAGAUACCGAAGGGGAGGGGGAGCGUUCCUGGCAGUGGGACUUUGCAAAUGCGCAUCGCGACGGCGAGGCGACGACGAGGACGACGACCAUCACGGUGGGGGAGGAUGACGCGAGAGCCUCGAACCAACAGGAGGAGGGCACGGGGCAAGCGCAAGCACAAGCACAAGCACAGAGCGCAUUUCUGCAACCCGUAUCCCCGCAGCACCAACAUCGUCCUGUAGCGCGUCGUGCCUCGCACAACGAGUUCAAGCGCCCCAUCGUCAAGCCGGCAGUGCGACGUCCCCCACCCCCAACUCCCACGCUUUCCAGCUCUUCUGGUAGUGCAAGAGGAGAAGGGCUACCUCGUACGGCUUCGACGGACGCCGGGGAUACGUUCGCCUUCCUCCAGAACGGGGACGUCCCCACUUCCCCGCCACGGGCAGCCACGCUGCCUGCGUUGCAUGUGCAGGGUCCGUCGAGUGGUGACAUGGGGUCGGAAGGGCAAGAGGGUCAGGAGAGGGAGAUGGAGAUGGAGAUGGACAUGAUGGAGGACGAGGCCCUCUCGCGCAGUGUGGGGAGUUUAGGGCUCAGCGCCAGCGGAAACGGGAAUGGCAGUAACGAUGAGGUCACCUCAAGAUCCUCCUCCCCCUUGCGACCCUCUUCUGCUACCUCCUCUUCCGGCAGCAAACAGCGACGUCGCCCCCCCGCUCCGCCGAGUCUCGUCGCGACCGCUCUAGCCAACUCCUCUGCAAGUCUCGACGAGCCGCUCCGAACGGGUAGCUCGCCCGCUCCCACAGAUGGAGGAGGGGCCCGGCCUCGGAACGGCCGAAGAGAGAUGCUGGGGAGUGCUUCGCAUCCGGGCUGGGCUGGGGCUUAUUACGAUGAGGGCGGAGGAGGUGGCGGUGGUAACGGGGAAGAAGCGCCUAGUCGGACGACCACGCCGCCUUCUUCUGCAGCGACGCCCACGAGUAGUGGUGGGAGGAGAAGACCUCCACCUCCUCCUGUGGAUCGGAGUACCAAGGUCGGGAGGUAGACGAAGGCGGCGGUGAUAUUGUGGAAACUGGACUGUAGAUAAUUUGAUUGAUGCCGGCGGUAGCGAAAAAUGGGAUUUUGCUUCCUGCUUGCUGCACG